AUGAUCGUGUUAAGGUGUGAAUUGAGUGAAUCCAGACUACAGUACGACUUUCGUAAGCAAACCUGCUCUAGCGCUUCAGCUGAAGUUUCUCGAAACCCUCUUCCAUCUUAUCCCAUCUUCACGUAUCCUUCAGCAUCUUCUUUCCCAAUGGCAGAAGUGCUCCCAUCCAAUGACUCCACCGAAGCACCAGGAGAACUCAUAAGCGCCAACCAACCGCCCGCUUCAACAGAACUACCGGGAACUACCACACCUCUACAAUCCGCAGGCAAUAAUGAGACACCAGCAGAUGGUGCAGGCGCAAACGGCAUCCCUGCUCCAACAACGCCACACGUUUAUGUCGUGCGAUCGACAGCACGUGGGAGAGGGAGAGGACGGGGAAGGCGUAGGGGUCGCGGAAGGGGUUCGAUAAGACGUGCCACCCGCAACAGCCAAGUAAAUGCGUUAACACCAUGUGAUAGAUGGAGAAUAAAAGCUGUAGUGGGAGAAAGAAUUCAAAUGGACAACGUUUUCCUUUCAAAUGCUUUAACGGAACGCGCUCGUUUAUUCUGUCGAUCAGCGUUGGAUCACAUGCAUACGGACAUGAAUGUGAGACGUUUGGAUCAUUCUAGAACAAGUCACAUUGUGCUUCUAUGUGAGAAAGUGCUGCACAAAUGUUUGGACUGGACAAAUGAGAGCAUUGUACUUAAAAAUCUGAGCAUGAGUCCUCUUCGAAUGUCCGACAUGUACAGCUUUCUGGGUGUGUUUGUUUUCUCGCAAUGCUCUGGUUUCAGCCUAGCUAAGAGCUUAUUUUUUCUGAGCAAACUGGAUUGUCCCGUUCGUACACUACAGCUGGUUCGGUUCAUCAGUUCGAAAAUUCUCGCCUUUUCAGCGACCGGAAGAGGCGAUCAAGGUGAGUCCGUUUGGAACUCGCAACGGGACCAAACCGUCCAUUUGUCAGAGUUCGAGCAAGCGGCUUAUCGUAUGUCCUGUAAAGUGUUCUUAUCUCGUGGACACACGUUUGCGACUCUGGAUGAUGAUCUAUACGGCACACGGGCCAUUGACAAUCAAGUCAAAACUUUAAGCGCACGAAAGGCCGAUAAAGAAGGGCACACUGUAGAUGCUAUCGCCGACGCAUUAUUCAGGACAACGCUGAUGGUGCGGUUUCGCCGGCGUGGGGAACCGCAAACUGUCAACGUCGAGAAACUAUUUGACGCGAUGUUGGAGACACGUGGAGAGCAAACAUUGACUGGCUUUUUGGUAACAGCGGACAGGGGUUAUGGGAAAUUUGAGAUGCUUGAAGGGCUGGGAAUGAGAGGGAUCGGCUUCAUGUUUAUUAUGCCUGAGCAUUUGCUGAAGUGCCAUCCGUUUGUGAGACGCUCCUAUUUUAUUGCGACAAGACAUGACCUAGAGGAAGACAAUGCGGCAAGUACUGUAGAUGGAGACGAUUCAAUUGCUGGCAAUGGAUUUGAUUUCGGUGCUGACGUUUACGAUCGAGAUGCUGCCCUCGUCAUUGAUGACAGCCCCGACAAGGGGCCUUUAAGCAAAUACGCAGAGAAAGCGUUCUGA